CUUCGUCUGGGGAAGCGGGAGGCAUGAACAAGGAGGAGGGGGAGAUGGAAACGGGGAAGAUAGUGAUAGAGAAAGUGAGGGGCAAGUCGACAGUCACCAAAUCGUUCUCCAAGUAUCCGCUCAAGUUCAUCAUCCCUCGCAAGGUGGGUCCUUCACGGGUCGAUGCCGUUUGGAUUUAUGCUCUCACCUAUGGCGGUGGCAUCGUCUCCGGAGAUGCUAUUUCUUGUAAGCUUGAGAUUGGAGAUGGUUGCACGGCUGUCUUAACAACUCAAUCUUCCACUAAGUUAAAGGUGUUGCAGGUUUAUAAGUCUCUGGGAUCAAAAUGCUCUGAACAGUACCUUGAGGCAGAAAUUGGGAGCGACUCCAUGUUGGUCCUCAUUCCGGAUCCAGUGACUUGUUUUUCCACUGCGAGGUACUUCCAAAAGCAGGUUUUUAGGGUGCAUUCGGAUUCAAACUUGGUCCUAGUCGACUGGAUUACAAGCGGACGGCAUGAAAGCGGAGAAAAAUGGGAUUUCACGCUUUAUAAGAGCACCAACAACAUUUUCUUAGAGGGUGAUCAGCCUUUAUUUCUCGACACGGUAUUGCUAGAGCAGGGAAGUAUUGUUCCUCUGGCAGAACGCAUGCAGGAUUAUCAAGUCAUUGCAAUGGUUGUACUUUUAGGGCCAAUGCUGAGGCAUAUUCAAGGCCAAGUUCAAGAAGAUGUAAAGAGGAUGAUGGCCGAGCAACUACAAGGUUCUCCUGUUCGAUGGGAUCGCCAGAUAACUUCCAAUACACGUGAUUUUGCCAAAAAACCAUCCUUAAUAGCGUCUUGCAGUGCCUUUGGCCAUAAGGGAGGAGGGAUCAUUGUUCGAAUAGCUUCCUUGACAACCGAAUCAGUUUAUCAAUUCCUGAAGCAUCAAUUAGCUGGCUUGGAGGCAUUGCUGGGGGUGUCGCCUUAUUCUUGAAGAAUGGCGGUAACAGGAGCUCUCACCCAGCCUUUUUUGGUCUGCGCGCAAAGUUGUCAAAAAGGUUGACCGACGUUCUUUAUUUAGGUAUGUGUCAAAAGGUUGCUGUCUUGGUGACAGGUUGUGAUUGUUGCUAUUCUUCUAUAUCCCGGCUCAACAUCAAGAAGCAUAUCUCAGCUCCAUAGAAAUUGUGUGUUGACUGUUCAAAAUUUGCUAAUUUUUCCGAGUUCACGUUUUGAUACAUUUACAUUUAUCGUCA